GGCAUCAGCGCGGCGACUGGCGAGCCGUUUGAUCCGCCCGUCGCCUUCCGCGCCGAGGCACGGCCGCGAGCAAACGUCACGGAGAAGCAGACGGUGCUGACCGGCAAAUGUGCGUCUUGCCCAGCUGUGCAAUGGCGCAGCGCAACGGGCGAUUCUCACAGUCUGCGCAGGAUCUUCUGGUUCAAGCACGCCCAGCGGUGCCACAAGGGCCGGCCUCGCAUCGAGGGCGCCGGCUCGCCGUUCGUGCAGGACGCAGUG